AUGAGGGCUAAAGGAGCAGAGAUGCCGGGGAAGGACUGUGUCAAAGUGGCCGUACGCGUCAGACCCUUCAACAAGGUCAGUUGUGGACAGAUCUGGGAUGUUUUUAGUUGUUGUUGGGUUUAGUAUUUCUCUCCUACUAAUUUUUCAAGGACAUGAUCCAUCAUCAGAUUAUGUCAUGCUAUUAUGCCAAUCUGCACUGUGUUUUGUGUACUAUGUGGUCCUCCACCAAUACUAUACCUGCUGCACUGGUGUGUCCCCUCCCCCGUCUCUCCCGUCCCCAGAGAGAGAGGGACGCGGGCAGCCACUGCAUAAUCUCUAUGGCCUCCAGCACCAUCACCAUCCAGGACCCUCGUAACAGCCAGAGCCCACGCUCCUUCUGCUUUGACUACGCCUACUGGUCCCACAGCGGCUUCACCAGAGACCGCUCUGGCCUGUAUGUACCUGAGGAGCCCGGAGGACGAUACGCUGACCAGGUGAGGAGGGCGGAGGUGGAGAGGGGGAGAAGAGGAGAAGAGUCUUCUCUUGUCUGUACCUACCUGAGGAGCCCGGAGGAUGACACUCUGAGGAGGGCAGGGCAGUAACUCUGUCUAUUCACCCUCAGGGCAGUAACUCUGUCUGUCUCCCUCAGGGCAGUAACACUGUCUGUCCCCUCAGGGUAGUGUGUUCCAGGACCUGGGGGAGGGGAUUCUGGAGAAUGCCCUUCAAGGUUAUAACGCCACCCUGCUAGCCUACGGGCAGACUGGCUCAGGGAAGAGCUACUCCAUGGUCGGGUACGGACCCAACAAGGGCCUGGUGCCCACCCUCUGUGACAGACUGUUUCAGGCCAUCAGGGCCAACCAGGACAGCCGACAGUGCCAGGUGUGUAGGUCUGAAAUGUGACUUCUGUAAUGUAUAUAUAUAUUUUUUUGAAUAAAAUAACAUAUCUUUCCAAAUAAUCAUAAAAAAUGGACAGCAUACAGUACAUAUAGACAUACUGCACCAAUAGACAAACACAACACAGGAUAAUUACAAAAACAAAACAAGAAGACAAAAGCAAAUAUCACAGCCAGAAAUAAUGUUCGAUUUUAAUAAUUUUCAAUGGGCUCCUCUGUUCCCCAAGGUCUUUUUCAGCAUGUUGGAAAUCUACAAUGAACAGGUAAGUCUGGGCAUGUCUCUGUCAUGCCUGUUGAAAACUCUGAGUAUUUGACAUAUACAGUACAGUUCACAGUUGACCUGUCCAGUUUUUGACCCCAAGCCCCUGCCCCCCUCCCCCUCCAGGUGGUUGACCUGUUGUCACGGGGGUCUCGGUCUCCGGGGGGACUGCGUGUCCGAGAGGAGCAGCAGAGAGGCUUCUAUGUGGAGGGGCUUCGCAGGGUCCCCUGUGACAGCGCCCCACAGGUGCAACAGUUCAGUAAGAAAGUUACAGACGCACAAAUAUCAUACCCCGCCUAUAAAAGCUAACCUCUCCUGUUAUUGUAAUGGUGAGAGGAUAGCAUGUCUUGGGGGUAUGAUAUUUCUGCGUCUGUAACUUUUUCACUCAUCAUUAUUCACGAUUCAUUCAGGAUUAUCCGUAAUCAUGGUAGCGUUCACAUUAAUGUAGAAGUGUUUAGAAACAUAUUCUAUUCUUAUUUACAAUAAAAGUGAAUCCAAAAAGACACAAUACAUGAUUUACCAUUCAUUUCUAUUGGGCACAAAAUGAUCUGAACUACAACCAAAACAAACAGCAAAUGCAUCCAACAAAUUUGUAGAGUCACAAGCUUGAUGUAGUCAUUGCAUGCUAGGAAUAUGGGACCAAAUACUUAACUUUUUACUACUUUAAUACACAUAUAAGUGAAUUUGUCCCAAAACCUUUGGUCCUGUAAAAUGGGGGACUAGGUACAAAAAGUGCUGUAAUUUAACGGUUCACCCGAUAUGGAUGAGAAUACCCUCAACUUAAAGCUGACAGUCUGCACUUUAACCUCAUAGUCAUUGUAUAAUUUCAAUGUCACUGUCCCAAUACUUUUGGAGCUCACUGUAAAUGUAUCAAUAAAAAUAAUUUUUUCCCCUCAAAAAAGCUAGUUGAUUUAUUCCUACAUAUUUGGUAGGUGGAGCAGCUGAUGGAGCAGGGGACGAGGAUACGCACCACGGCCACCACACACAUGAACGCCAACAGCAGCCGCUCACACAUGCUCAUCAUCUUCCAGCUCAAACAGGUGAGUCACAUUUCCCAGUCAACCCCUAAUCCAGGGCUGCCCAACCCUCUUCCUGGAGAUCUACCGUCCUGUGGGUUUUCAGUCCAACCCUAAUUUAACACACCUGAUUCUACUUAUUAGCUUCUCAACAAGACCUUAACUAGCUGAAUCAGAUAUGCUAAAUAUACAUCAUGUGUACAUCUGUCCAAUCCUUUCAUAUCAGUGGAGGCUGCUGAGGGGAGGACAGCUCAUAAUAAUGUCUGGAACAGAGCAAAUGGAAUGGCAUCAUUCCACUCAUUCCGCUCUAGCCAUUACAACGAGCCCAUCCUCCCAAAUUAAGGUGCCACCAACCUCCUGUGUUUCAGAUGUACACAGGUGGCAAGGGGGGUAGGGGCGAAAGGGGUUGAUUUGGGUGUUAGAUAUGGCCCUUGGUGUUCUUAUUGUAUCUCUGACCCUCUCCUGUCCCCCUGCAGAUCUUCUCUAAGGAGAGCAUCACCAAGCAGUCUAACAUCAACCUGGUGGACCUGGCAGGCAGCGAGAGACAGCGGGUGUCAGGCUCCGAGGCCGACCGGCUCAAAGAGGGCACAGCCAUCAACCUCAGCCUCACCACCCUGGGCAACGUCAUCAGGUCUGGGAGAGAUCUGCCCUCCACACCAACAUGUCACCAAAAACUAAGCGGCCCUUUCUAUAUUCAUAUUUUUUCUGUCCGAUUAUAUUUUCGCCAGCUCUGCUUUUUGUAUUCCUAUUUGAUACUCUCUUCUUCCUCUUCUCUCCCCUCCUCUCCUUCUUCCUCCUCCUCUCUCUGCAGUGCCCUGGCUGAUGUAGCGGUAGGGAAGAAAGUAGUCCAUAUCCCAUACAGAGACUCUGUCCUCACCAAGCUGCUGCAGUCUGCCCUGGGGGGGAACAGCCGUACUGUCAUGGUAACCCUUUGUCUAAUCUCUUAGAAAAAAAGGUGCUAUCUAGAACCUAAACGGGUUCUUCAGCUGUCCCCAUAGGAUAGCCCUUUGGAGAACCCUUAUUGGUUCCAAGUAGAACCCUUUUGGUUACAGGUUAAACCCCUUUUGGGUUCUACCUGGAAUCAAAAAGGGUUCUCCUAUGGGGACAGUCGAAGAACCCAUUUGGAACCCUUUUUUUCUAAGAGUGUACCAUGCACCUCUAAUAAAAUAUAAAGAUUUGAUUCAUAUCAUAUGAUUAGCUUUUUUUUUUAUCCCACAGUUUUGGCAAAAAUGUGGUAAUAUUAUGGUGGGUAAACUCACAAAAAGUGAGUUGGUCUUGAACUCUCUUACCAUUAGCCCUGCCUGUCAUAACUAAAUCCCAGAAUGCUCAGAUUGCAGCUCUGAGUCCGGCUGAUAUCUGCUAUGAAGAGUCUAUCUCAACCCUGCGCUAUGCUGAAAGGUACAGUAGGCCCAGCAUUCCUUCUUUGUUAGAAGCUGUCCAACUUUGGUUAUCUGAUGAUUCAAUAUACUUUAUGUGUCUCUCCCUCACCUCUCUCCCACAUCCACAUCUCGCUCACCUCCCACUCACCCCCUCUCCCCCUUACUACCCACGUAACCCACCGCUUUCUACUCCUCUGGCCCCCCCCCCCCCCCCCCCCUCCAGGGCGAAGCGUAUCCAGAACCGUGCGGUGGUGAACGAGAGUCCCACGGAGCGCCUGGUGAAGGAGCUGAAGGCGGAGAACGCCAGGUUGCUGCAGAGACUCAGCCGUCUGGGACAGGAGGGACGCAGGGCAGAGGACGAAACCAGUAGGCUGGAGAUGGAGAUAGGGGGGAGAGAUGUCGAGGGCAGCAUAGUAGGGACUUGGAGGGAUAGCAGGAGGAGUGAGGGUAGAGGGAAGAGAAAGUGGGCAACAAUGUUAGUAUACUAAUAUGUAGCUGUAUUUAUGUUGCUGUUGCUGUGUCCAGAGGAACUGCGUCGGCUGUUGACCCAUAACGAGCUGCAGAUCAGAGCCAUCCAGACACUCUGGGAACAACAUCUACAGGAGGCCUUGAAGGACUGGGAGCAGCAGUACGCUACUAUCACACAGGUACGCACGCACGCACGCACGCACGCCCCUCAUAUCUCCCCCUUCCUCACUCCUCCUCUCUCUCUCUCUCUCUCUCUCCUCUCUCUCUCUCCUCUCUCUCUCUCUCUCUCUCUCUCUCUCUCUCUCUCUCUCUCUCUCUCUCUCAGGAGCGGAGGAUGAUGCAGAUGCAUCCGUACAUCCUGAACAUCAACGAGGAUACUCAGCUGUCAGGGGUGGUCAAGCUCUUCAUCCAGGAGGGUGAGUGUCUCCUCUGCCCCAGACUACAGCUCUACGAUCAAAUUACCAUACACACACUCAAUCAAGACCUUGGGAAUUGUGUGUAUAUGUGUGUUUUAUAGGUGAGUGGGAUAUAGGGCUCUCUGACUCUUCACCCAGGUCUAUCUCAGUCAGGGGCCUAGGGUGAGUAUGACACAAAAAAAUAGGAUUUUGAAAAUGUGCAAAUUGGCUUUGAAUUCAUCACACUUUUUUUAAAUCAAGUACAAAACCUGAAUAAAUGCAGACUGCGUUUCAGACAGGUGCUGCUUUGUUUGUUUCAUUUAUGACAUCAAUAAAGGGGGCAUUCUGGAAUUGGUACAUACAUUUUAUAAAUAGUUUUAAAAAAAGAAAAUAAAGAAGGUCUCUAAUAAAUCUUUUCACCACCUCAGGAUCCAGGAGCGUCAUGCUGUGUUCAUUAACGUCCAGCGAAGGGUGUACCUGACCCCACUGGCCGGGUCAAAGGUCAUUGUCAACGGAACACCCAUCUCCCAGAAGACCGAGCUGCAGCACCUGGUGCGUCUCCAUGGAAACAAACUAUUGCGGCCAUUUUGAAACAGGCCCCUCUAUGGAACUAUAGGACAGUCGCUUUAUUCCAGCGUAGUUCAGAUAGAAGUCGCAACAUGGUCAAAACUGAUGAGCAAGAACAUGAGCAUGAGUUCUUCAUAUGGGCUUAAGGUCAGUGAUAAGGGUUAGGGGUAAGGGUAAAGGUUAGGGGUUAAAAUAACAUUAAUGGCUAAUAAUAAUCACCAUAGUUAGUCUCCCAUCCUCUCUAGCAUGACCAGAUUGUGAUGACCCCCACUGCCCCUAUCCUAUGCACUAUGCCCUCGGAAGUGGACAAUGGUUUUAGUCCUUGACUCCUACCCUCAUAUCAACCCGUCCUCUGCCCCCUCGCCUCUAGGACCGACUCAUCCUGGGUUCUAACAGCACCUACCUGUUCAUUGGCUACCCGUCUGAGAGGGGCGGGGACGACUGGAGUCGCUACGACUACGACUACUUCCAGUCUGAACUGGCAGCCGCUGAGGGCAUUCACCUCCACUCACUGUGUGAGGAGCAGACACAGGGUAGGAGAGAUGAAGAUGGAGGGAGGGAGAGAGAGAGAGAGGAUGAGAGAGACAGAGUGAGAGAGAGAGAAAGAGAGAGAGGGAGGGAGUGUGUGUGUGGGUGUGCAUGUAUGUGACACAGGUAAAAAGAGAGAGAAUCCGUUUUAGAGAGCAAAAGCGUGUGUAAGAGAGUGGCAGAGAGAUACGGGGGGAGAAGUAUCAGUCUCCUAGAGAGAGAGCUACUGUGUGCGAGAGGGAAAGAGACUACCUACAGGUAUUAGUGUGGGGUGGCAGGUAGCUUAGUGGUUAAGAGCGUUGUGCCAGUAACCGAAAGGUCGCUGGUUCUAAUCCCCGAGCCGACUAGGUGAAAAAUCUGUCGAUGUGCCCUUGAGCAAGGCACUUAACCCUAAUUGCUCCUGUAAGUCGCUCUGGAUAAGAGCGUCUGCUAAAUGACUAAAAUGUAAAUGUAAAAAUGUAGUGUCUCACACAGAGAAGUUGAUGAGGUGUGUAUCUCCUCUGUCUCCCCCUGUAGGUGACUCCAGUGCAGUCCCCAGUCAGACUGACCCUAGUCUCCUGGCUGUGUUCUAUGACUACAUCAAACUGAUGCCCAUGGUGGCUGAGGCCAACCAGAUGAGCCAGGAGCUACACAAGGUAUCCCUUUAAAGGGAUACUUCAGGAUUUGGGCAAUGAAGCCCUUCAUCUACUUCUUCAGAGUCAGAUGAACUUGUGGAUACCAUUUUUAUAUCUCUGCAUGCAGUUUGAAGGAAGUUGCUAACUAGCGUUAGCGCACUUGCUAACUAGCGCAGUUACCAAGUCUAUGGUAACUGCUAAGCAUGCUAGUAAAUACCAAAGACUUCCAGUCAUUGUGCUAACGCUAGUUAGUAUUGGCUCGUGAAACUACCUCUAACUUCCUUCAUACUGGAUGCAGAGACAUAAAAAUGGUAUCCGUGAGUUCAUCUGACUCUGGGGAAGUAGAUAAAGGGAAUCUUGAAGUAUCACUUUAAUCUUGAUGGGUUUAACCUACAUUCUGUUUUAGAUUUCCCCAUCAGGCAUGAUUUACAUGUUAAUGCGGCAAUUUCAUCCUGAGAUUUACAUCAUUAGAUCAUAACCUCCCCUAAAAGCAUAAUGAUCAUUACGUCCCCAUCAUUCUCAACAUCCCUAAAACCAAAGUACCUUGUGUUUGUGAGAAAAAUGACAUUUAAUGGUAUUUUGACUACAUUUCUAAGUUUCUUAGUGUUAUGCCCUGGAUUUCAGUUUGUAUUGACUACUGGAUGUAAUCUGGGUAACGCUAAACCAUUACAUGAAUGAUGUCAUCUAAUUAUGUGUCCAGGGGGUGGAGUUUAAGCUGGAGAUUAAGAACCUGGCGUUAUCAGACUCUAAAGGUCAUGACUUGGAGAAGGACAUCACUGUCAGAGUGACAUCACUGGAAAACAAACAGGUGGGGAGACCACGCUGUCAAUCAUGCCUCCUGAAUAUUGUCAUACUAGAUGACUCUAAUAUCUCUACAUGGAACAUAACUUAACCCAUUUAGCUGUGAACACUAUCAAGCCCUAAAUUACUGCAAGAUCCACUUGUGGUUUUCUUCCAAAGCCAUAUUUGAUUAUAAUCUGUGAAUAUAGUGUAUGUAGGAUACAGUGCCUUCGGAAAGUAUUCAGACCCCUUGACUUUUUCCACAUUAUGUUAUGUUACAGCCUUAUUCUAAAAUGGAUUAAAUUGUAUUUUUUUCCUCAUCAAUCUACACACAAUACCCCAUAGUGAUAAAGCCAAAACAGGUUUUUAGAAAUGUUUGCAAAUUUAUAAUUUUUUAAAAACUGAAAUAUCACAUUUCCAUAAGUAUUCAGACCCUUUACUCAGUACUUUGUUGAUGCACCUUUGGCAGCAAUUACAGCCUCGAGUCUUCUUGGGUAUGAUUCUACAAGCUUGGCAUACCUGUAUUUGGGGAGUUUCUCCCAUUCUUCUCUGCAGAUCCUCUCAAGCUAUGUCAGGUUGGAUGGGGAGCGUUGCUGCACAGCUAUUUUCAGGUCUCACCAGAGAUGUUCGAUCGGGUUCAAGUCCGGGCACUGGCUGGCCCACUCAAGGACAUUCAGAGACUUGUCCCGAAGCCACUCCUGCAUUGUCUUGGCUGUGUGCUUAGGGUCGUUGUCCUGUUGGAAGGUGAACCUUCACCCCAGUCUGAGGUCCUGAGCACUCUGGAGCAAAAAUUGUUAAUCAAGCAAUUUUAGAAUAAGGCUGCAAUGUAACAAAAUGUGGAAAAGGGGAAGAGGUCUGAAUACUUUCCGAAUGCACUGUAUGUAUAUCUUCAUACUGCUGAGUUCAGUGUCAGGUGUGUGUGUAACUCAGGUGAGUGUGUUGUCCUCUCCCCACAGGUGUGGCUCUGGUCCAAGGCCAAGUUUGUGAACCGUAAGUUCCUGAUGGAGGAGCUGUAUCAGCAGCACCAUAUGGAGCAGAAGAGAGAGGGGGCGGCCAGGGCGCCCAUGCCCAGAGACAGAGACCCUUUUUGGGAUCCGCUGGAGCCCCUGCUCCUGGGCAGCGCCCACCUCUGGCUGCAGUCUCUGGCUUUCCGUAUUGCACUGGAGGAACAGCUGGAGGUACUGUGCUGCUGGGUUGACUGUGUGUGUGUGUGUGUGUGUGUGUGUGUGUGUGUGUGUGUGUGUGUGUGUGUGUUGUUCUAUCUCAUCCUUCUCUGUGUUUCCAGGUAUUGGGGUCAGAGGGCACUGAGGAGGCUAUACUGCAGGCCCAGCUUCUCCCAUGCAGCCCCACAGGACUGUGGGUAACAUUACAUUACAGAAGAAUGGGAGGCAGACACUUUACCGGGUUGUGUUCAGUACGGACGGAGAAAACGUUUUGAAACUGAACUUGUCCAAUUAGAACACAGAUCUUCAUUUUUAUUUUGCUACGGUGUGCCCUCCUGAACACAACCCAGAUUUAAAUAAUUGCAGUUUAAAAUAACAUGAAGAAGAACAUGAAUGGUUGGCUAUUUGAAUCAGGGGUGUUAGAUACUUUAUGUAGCCAGUGGCCAUAUGUAUCAAACGUCUCAGAGUGCUGAUCCAGGAUCAGGUCCCUGUCCAUGUAAUGUUAUUCAUUGUGAUCUAAAAGGCAAAACUGAUCCUAAAACAGCACUCUGAGAGGUUUGAUACAUACGGCCCCUGGCCCUCCUGUGUCCAGGACUCUGGGGGAGGAUGACAUCCUGAUCGACCCCUCUGAGCUACUGGGGAGACGGCUGGACUUCCAGCUGGUCCUGGAUCAGUGCUGUGGCCUGCGCUGGGUCAAACAGGCCAGGAACAGGGGAGUUCAGAUAGGGUGAGUGGGCUAAAGGUGUGGGCUAGAGGUUUGGGGGUAGUAUUUGUUCUUUAGUAUUUAUAAGUAUUGGUUCUUAAUUGACUUGCCUAGAUAAAUGAAGGUUAAAUGAAAAUUAAAUGAAUUAAGUAGUAAAGGAGACCAGUGAGUGGGGUGAUCAGGGUGGAGGGCUGCAGAUCAGGUGAGGAGUACAUUGGCCUAUACGGCUGGAGCCUCCCACCCCCACCCCACGAUCUGAAGUUCACAGACCUGCCCUCCUCUAAUGCCAUUAUGACCAACCAAUCAAAACGUCUCCAGCCAGUGUUCUGCUCACUCUAUCUCUAUGGGGCUGACUGACGUCACGUUUCCCCUGCCAGGUUCAGGAUGUUCGACAGUGCCCAGCCCCUCUACACUCCGGCCGUGUGGCACAAUGUCAACCCCCUGCUGGACCAGCGGGUCCACUUCACCUCUCUGCACACCUCCCAGGGCCUGCUGGAACACCUGCAGACCAGCGCCCUGGUGCUGGAGCUCUGGGGCCUACAGGGUAAGUAAGCGUGGGACUCGCCUACAAACCUGUGCCCAGGAUAGUAACGGUAAACCUGGGACUUGCUUACAAACCUGGGCCCAGUAAGGGUAAGCCUGGGACUCGCCUACAAACCUGGGCCCAGGAUAGUAAGGGUAAGCCUGGGACUUGCCUGCUUGGAACUCGUACUGUAUUCAUACUGUAUGCAUGUGUAAAGGAUGUCAUGCUGCUUGCUUAGCGAGUACCCCUUCCUCCUGAUUCGGCUCAUACCGAGGAUUGAACGCAGGACCUCUGCCUCGCAAUUACACUUGACUGCCCUCCUGAAGCGUCUUACCCAGUCACGCCACCGAAAAGCUAGCUAUUCCGCAGCGCAAGUGGAGAUACUUCAGGCUGAGGAGUGAGUUUCACAGAUCCCCAUCUGCUACACAUGCAUGUACACCGGGGUAACGCUUGAUACUUUCCUGUCCAGAGGGAUGUAGAGACCUGGUGUCAUCUUUGGAGGGAGUGAGGAUGACUCCAGAGGGAUGCUUCAUCAUCGACCAGGCUGGACCACCUGACACAGCUACUGUGAGUCUACAUCAGACAUCUGUACUAGACUCAGAGAUUUAGAAUUUGUCAUAUUUGUAGGACAGGCUUAUAGAUUUACAUGAGACCUCAAAGGGUUAAAUAGUAUGUGCAUCCACUAUAAUGUGUGUGUGUGUGUUGCAGACCGUGGACCCUGGCUCAGAGCUGAGCUGCUCUCUGAGGGCCCUACAGCAGGAUGUGGAGGAACUGAGGAACACUAACGCUGCACUGAAGACAGAGAACAACACACUGAGGGAUCAGCUCAAUACAGCUAGGACCGGUCAGACAGACACACACACACACGCGCAAGCAAGCACACACACACUAAACAACUGAACUGUCAAGUUCUCUCUCUCACUCUCUCACAAACAAACACACACACACACACCACUCACUCUCUCCCCUCCUCUGUGUAGGAGCAGAGUGUGGUCGUGGUCGGUCAGAGAGGCAAGGCAGCAGUCUGAGGCCCAGCUGUGAUGCAGAGUUCGCCCGCGCCCUGAAGGUCUUCUACCACAGCAUGACCUCUGUCAGGGUUCAACUGCAGCGCCUGCGCAGGCACAGGCCUAGUGUAUGUAUCAAUCAAUCAAUCAAUCUACCUGCCUACUUAUUGACUGACUGAUCUAAGGUUUGUGUGUGUGUGUGUAUGUGUGUGUUUCUGUGUGUGUGUGUGUGUGUGUGUUCCAGGAGGAGUCAGAUCUCUUGGGUCUCAGGCUGUUUGUGGAUGAGCAGGGUGGUCUGCUGCGUGAUUUCUCAGAGCUGCUGGAGCAGAGUGUCUCCUCUCUCAAACAGGAUGUGGCAGCCAUUGUACGACGCAAACGGGAACGCUCAGGAAUCUGGUCCUGA